GAAUGUUCCCGUACCAAGUGGCAAUAUUUUUAGAUAUGUUGGAUGGCAACCGAAAAUUUGACUGCGGAGGCGUCAUCAUCCAUGAAAAUUUCGUUCUCACUGCAGCUCAUUGUUGCAUGUUUGGCAUGAAUUCGACGAUUCAGGCUGGCAGUCAACGUCUCAGAGACCCUGAUGCAGUUUAUGUUCACAUUGAAGAAACCAGACGACACCCGUUGUACAAAGGAANGCCAAAUCGUGUAAUCCACGGAGAAACAGCUCCUCCCGGCCAGUAUAUGUAUUUUAUCACGCAUCAAAUACGAAUGUUCCCGUACCAAGUGGCAAUAUUUUUAGAUAUGUUGGAUGGCAACCGAAAAUUUGACUGCGGAGGCGUCAUCAUCCAUGAAAAUUUCGUUCUCACUGCAGCUCAUUGUUGCAUGUUUGGCAUGAAUUCGACGAUUCAGGCUGGCAGUCAACGUCUCAGAGACCCUGAUGCAGUUUAUGUUCACAUUGAAGAAACCAGACGACACCCGUUGUACAAAGGAAAAGGGGGAGGAUAUUUUUGUGAUAAGGACAUAUGUGCUGGAGAUGAGGGUGAUAAGUCUCCUGCUGCUCGCAAGUUUUUGUCUGUGCCGACGAUGCCUCAGGGAGAUUCUGGAGGUCCUCUGACACAUAAGGACAAAGUGAUAGGAAUUGUGAGCCGCAGACUGAAGCAAUGGAUGGAUAGAGAUUUUGGAAUUUACACCGAAAUCUCACAUUACAUGGAAUGGAUUCAAGCUGGCAGUACACGUCUUGAAGACCCUGAUGCAGUUUAUAUUCGCGUUGCAGAAGCCAGGUCUCAUCCUUUAUACGUAGGAGAAGAAGGGAUUAGAGAGAUAGCGGUUGUAUCUGGAUGGGGUAUGAAUGAUACUUCUUCAAAUACACCAUCGGAAGAUCUACAAUAUGCGAGUAUUCCAGUGCUUUCGUCGGAAAAAUGUCAGCAACUCUUCAAUACAGAAUCUGAGUUUUUUUGUGAAAAGGACAUAUGUGCAGGCGACGAUGUGGAAAUCAACUCUCCUGCUGCUUGCUUGGGAGAUUCUGGUGGUCCUCUGACAGUGGAUGAAGAAGUGAUUGGAAUUGUGAGCCGAAACGAUGAGCUAAAGUGCAUCGGCGGUACUCCUGCAAUUUAUACAGACGUCUCCAAAUAUAUGGGAUGGAUAUUAGAAACUAUGCGGGAAAUGUCGUGAAACAACGCGAGGAAAUGGUGGAAUCAUGUCACUUUUUGGCCAACAUCGCAUAGAAAAGCGCCAUCAUAAAUGUAAUUAUACGCAGCAUGUUUAUUUUAGCGUCCUCCUUUUUGAAUGUGGAGAUGGAUGUCCAAAUAUACAAAGCUGUUGAAAGAA